AUGACUAUGCCAUUGAUGAAGAUUCAUAGCUUGGGAAAAGACCUUUCAUCCUACCUUUCGGCAUUUCGAGAAAGUGUUGGCAGAGUGAAAGGCACCACAUCGAGAGAGAGGGCAGGGGACCGGACAUUGAGAGGCGGACAACGAGGUUAUAUCGUUCUAAAACAGGAAUGGAUGGGUAGCUACACCGGCUACGAAGCUACUGUUACGAAGAGAAGGAAGCUAGCGAAGCGCAGUGAAGGAAAGAAAGAGAUGAUAGAUUCGAUCACUUGCCUUCGACUUCGCACAUGUUGGAUUCGUUCAUGGAACUCGCUGCUUCAUUUGUCGGCUCAUUCCCCGAGAAAGAAAAGAUUACUACCUGAGAAAGAAGCUGACGGACUACGAGUCGUCAUAUUCGACCUUGGGCACGGGGGGUAUCUAAGAUUCUUUCCGAGAAAGACUAGCAAGAGCUUCGUCGAGCCUCCACGGAUCAAGGAGCGAGGCUCUGAAAGAGCUGAAUCGCUUUCUAUUCAAAGUCCUCUUCUCGAUCCUAGAUCUCCCUUGUUGGAUACUUGCUUUCUGUCUCAAGUCCAAAAGAAGAGGGCAAUUGUAAUAGCGCCUUUCUACAACCAUUCGAUAGGGCCUUACUUUGUUUACGGAGAGCCUUUCUGUGCCUAUGUGAGGAGUUUGCUCGAGAGACCUCGCUCGCUAAAAACAUGGAUUUACUUCCUCCUUCGGUGCCUUGCCUUGUGUCGGCGUGUCAGUGGUAUCCCCAAAGCGGCAGGUAAACCGUAUGGGAAAGCGUUGGUUCGCGAAAGAGUUGAUGCCGAUCUAACUCGAUGCUACUUACGCCAGGGAAAAGGCAACAAAGCUGAAGAUCCAGUCUACAAGGGGCUUUUUCAUUCACUGCUUUCUAGGUCAAUUGGUCUAAAGACCUCUCUUCCAUCGGAAGGGGAGGAAUCCCAUCUCCUGAGUCCUAACUCCCAGACCAGACUCUAA